AGAUGAACGAACAAUCGGAUAAGAACAAAUCCACUCAAGAAGAACACACCGAACAAACUUUUGCAGAAAAAAACAAUCAGAUUGGACAGAAGCAACUGCAACAGAUAGAGCGGCAGCUAAAAUGUUUGGCAUUUCAAAACCCUGGACCACAGGUGGCAGACUUUAAUCCUGAAACAAGGCAGCAGAUAAAGAAAGCACGGAUGUCAAAGAUGAAUGAAUAUUUUUCUGUAAAAUACAAAGUUAUGAAGAAGUACGAUAAAAGUGGCAGGCUCAUCUGUAAUGACGCUGACCUGUGUGACUGCCUGGAGAAGAACUGCCUGGGCUGCUUCUACCCCUGCCCCAAGUGCAACUCCAACAAGUGUGGACCCGAGUGCCGCUGCAACCGCCGCUGGGUUUAUGAUGCCAUUGUCACUGAAUCCGGAGAGGUCAUCAGUACACUACCAUUCAGUGUUACUGACUAGGGGCUGUUAUGAUAGGUUCUUUCAUUUUGCCUUUGACUUUCCUUCCUUUCUUCCUUUCCUUUCCUUCCUAUCUUGUUGCUUUUGUUUCAAAGACAGGGUCUCACUCUGUGGCCUAGGCUGGCCUUGAACUUACUAUGUAGCCAGCACAGGUGCCUGGCUUUGACCUCACCAGCCAUCCUUAACUUCCUGAAUGCUGGUAUUUCAGUCCUGAGCCAUUAAGCCUGGCUUCUAUUUUAGUUUGUUUACUUGUUUGUUUAAUAUAUUUUA